AUGGCCAUCGCGCUGGCAUCCGGGCGAAAGGUUCGCAAGUUGCUCAUGAAAACCUUCAAAGAUGCUACCAGUCCAGAGCAUUUGGCCUACAUCGGCACCCACGACGACGAGGAGACCCUGCGAUUCCACGCAGACCUUUUCUUGAAUGCCAUCUCCAGCAUCGCCGAGAUCGAUGACUACCACCAUAGCUGCCAUAGCUUCCCGUGGAGGAUCAUUUGUAUCCUGUCAGACCCGCUCCGCUUCGAGACGAUGGACGACAUGAGGCAGGAGUGGGGCUUCGUGGUAGGCUUCGUGGAUUGUCUUAAAGCCACCCACGUCUUGCACAAGAUGUUGCAGCACACACGGUACCAGUUUUACCGAGAUGCUUUUAUCAAAGCCGAGUUCUUUGACUUCGAUGCCGCUCGGCUGGCCGAGAAGUGCAGUCUCCCGUUCAGGAAAACCGCAGAAGCAAUGGCGGGCCUCACCUCGCAGGAGAGCAGUCCAAUGUUGACAUCGUUGGCAAGCGAGCUAGCAUUCAACGAUUUGAGGGAUGCAUCCAAAAGACACUGCAAAGCAGAGCGGGCCAAUGGUGCCAAUCUUCAUGCUGUCGCAAUCAAGUCGGCAGAGACAAGAAGCGGUGGUUCCGCUACGAUCCCUUUGGACGACAGCGACUGGGCUGCCGACUUCAAGGGGCAAACAGUGAAAGCCAGAGUCCACAGUGCCCUGCGAGCAACAGACAAAGAGUUGGGAGUGUCAUGCGAAGGCCUGACACGACACCGUGUCAAUCACUGCUACACAAAACCACAUGUCUUUUGCCAGCGCUUGAGACUCCUCAAAGUCCUCAAGAACGAAUGGCAGCGACUCCAAGGCAGUUCGGAAGACAAGCACGACAAACUGCUGCUGAAGUGCAAAGAGACAUGGACGAGCAAGGUCAUUCCACUGCACGCAUUCGUGCAAUGGAAAAGCGAACCAGAUGAGGUGAAGAGAGCCCUCGUGCUCUCUGCAGGCCCUUUUGCGCUCAGACUCCUUCCCCUGCAGCUCCUGGAAGGCACAGACCCGCCUGCUUUCGCUGCAGAUCUCAAACACUUCUCGAGAGACGAGACGCUGGUGGGACCUUUGGACGGGGUGGAGGUGGCCUUGACCAGGCCCGCUUUGAUGCCCGACUCGACACUGGCAUGGGUGCAUGCUACGGACUGGAUGUCGCUCACUUAUUACGUCGCCCACCAUGCCAUCCUCGAGACCCCGGCAGGGAUUUUGACUUCCAUUUGCUCUUUCAUGAAGCUCCGAGGGCAUGGCAAACUGAACCACAAGAAGCGAGUCGAGUUGUUCUUGAAAGAGAUGCAAGUUGAUGCACAAAGGAUCCAAGAAGUUUUGGACGAGCUUCCCGAACACGAACCGAAAAAACGCAAGGAGGAGACACCCUAG